AUGAAUUAGUCACAAUUAUAGACUUUUUCUUACAAAUUAGUGCCAUAGUCUUCUGUACAUUAAAAUUCUUUAUAUCGCGUAAUUGCAAUUAACAAAAAUUAAACAUUGCUUUUAGAUUAAAUGGAAUACUUUAUUAAAUGUUGUGCAUUUAAAAGUGGAGAGAUAAAUUAUUAUAACUAUUUAAUUUUAGAAAUGUUAUUUACUAUACUUUAAAUUUUCAAAACUAGAAAUAAGAUAUUAUUUUAGGUUCAAAUACAUUCAUUUGUAAAUAUUCAUCAAGGUUAAUGGCUAAUACAAAAUAUAUUUAAAAAUUUUAUGGAUAUUUAAUAUAAGGUGCUUAAUUUUGCACACUUUUUGAAUGAAAACAUGAUUAUUAAGGGUAGUAAUAUAGGUUUUUUAUUUACUAAUUAAAUUGGAAGUAAUAAACCUUUUUAAUAAACUAUAAAAGAACAUAUUAGUGUAUUUGGAUUAUCAAUAAAGGAUUAAGGUACUAGAUUAAUAUCUUGUGGAAAGGACUAUUUCAUUUUAAUAAUUGAACCUACUAAUUCUGAGUUGUAAAAAUACAUUUGGACAAUAAAAUAGAAACUAAUUGUUGAACAAUAUAGUUAUAAUUAGUCUUACAUGAAUUUUUAUUGUGAAAAAAAUGAUUUAUAUCACAAAUAAAGUUAGCGCUUACUAAAUUCUAAUAAAUAAGAUUAAUUUUGUAUCUUCUAAUAAGUAUAUAAUUAAAAAAAGUCUUUUAUUUUCAAUAUAUAUGGAAGAGUACUAUAAAUAAUUAGGGUUUCAAAUAAUCAACCAUUAAAUUCAGGAUUAACUUAUGAAUUAUUAUAAUUAGAAUAAAGUAUUGAUUUUGGAAAUAGAUAUAAUCCAUGGAUAUACGGAAUAAUACGUGAUGAUGCAGAAUAUAUAAUAACUUGGGAUUUGAAUCAGAGUAGAUAUAAAUUAAAUAAUUUUAGAUUAAUAAUUGAAAUAAUUUAUUUUAUCAUCAAUUAUAUAAUAAAAUAAUUAUAUAAAUGGAUGAGAAUAAUUGUAAAAAUUAAAUAAAGAGUAAAGAGAUAUACUAUAUUAAGAUGA